AUUUAUUUUGAUUGACGUUUCGUAAAAUGAUUUAUUUUUGUAUCGAAAACUGCUGUCCGAUUUAUCUAAAUAAGUAAACUUAGACGCACGGAGUAUUAAUUUCGUUAAUUAGUCUUUCAUAAGAGUAUUUACAAUGAUCAUAUCGCGGUCCAAGCACCGCUCUUCGGUGGAAGUGUGUGCGGAUUGCGGUGCAUCAGAUCCGUCAUGGGCUUCGAUAAACCGUGGGCUGCUCCUGUGUGCCGAAUGCUGUAGUGUGCACCGUAGUAUGGGACGACACAUCUCUCAUGUUAAAUCCUUGCGCCAGGGAUCCUGGCCACCGUCGCUGUUAGCUAUGGUGCAAGCACUGACAGCUCAGAACGUGAACUGCAUCUGGGAACAUUCCUUACUGGACACUUCAGCCCCAAAACACCUUCGCAAGAAACCUCAACCUAAAGACCCUUUACACCCAGUAAAAUCAGAGUUCAUUCUUGCAAAGCACCUAAGGCUUGCUUAUGUACUGAGAGCAAGAAGAGAUGAACCCCCUAGUGAGCUUGGCAGACAGCUGCACAGUGCGGUCAGAAGCUCUUCCUUGGACACUGCUAUGAGGCUUUUGGCCCAGGGAGCUGAUCCUAAUUACUAUAAUCAGGAGAAGGGCACGACUUGCCUACACGUGGCCUGUCGUGCUGGUCAACCAGCACAAGCUGAGCUGCUGGUAGCUUGGGGUGCCGAGCCCACCGCACGCGACCACUCUGGGAACAUGCCUGCAGACUGCGCUAGACAGGGCGGCCACACGGAGCUAGCAGAUCGUAUGACAGAGCUGGUGUAUGAAGCUACCGACCGUAUGAUAUACUUCCUGACGGGGGAGAAACCAGACCACGCGUCCGGCAGACACUACAUAGUGCCGCGAGCACAUGACACGCAUGAGAUGACUGAUGUCGCGAAGGCGGCGAGGGGCAAGCUGCAGUUGCUCCCAAAUCAUCUAUUUGAAGAACUUGUUAUGGACAUAUAUGACGAAAUCGAUCGCAGAGAAACAGAAGCCAUUUGGCAGACAAGUGCAACUGGCUUGGAGAGAUCUGGCGUGGUGUUUCUGCCAGUGAACCCUGCAUUGUCAGCGCCGCGCAACCAGGGCAGGCAGAAACUGGCGAGGCUGUCCACUGCAGAGAUGGCUACGCUACUACGAGACGUACUCGUCGAUGCUACUAGAAGACAGCAUAUUGCCACGCUACAACCACGAGCUCCCACGACGUUGAUGAACCCGUUGCUGUCAGCGAGCCACUUGAAGCACUUCUCACAGAUGUCGGAUGAUGAGCCUCUUUACGACUCUGUAGCCUCCGACGAAGAUUACGCUGCUUUAGCACCAAUAGACUUAGAUUUGUCGAGCGUGGUGCCCCGCGCGGGCGAGACUGUGUCCUCGACGUACAACCCGUCCCUGCCCCUCGAACACUCCUCCAUAGACAUGCGACGCACGCAGUCGCCCAGCAACUUCGCACACGCCGCCAUACCCGAACAAAACACGGAAAUAGAAACACUCAAGAAAGAAAUUCACACUAAAGACUCCACCAUCACCGAACUCAAGAAUCAACUGAAGAGCUUACAAACUAUUGUGGAACAACUAACGAAGGAAAACAGUGUCCUGAAGACGACUAGUAGCGUGGAUGAUGACCAGAGUAUGACGUCACAGAUUUCUAUAAACGACAGCUCGAGUAAUGCUCUAGAGCCGUCCAAAGCGCAAGAGAGAGGCAAGAGUCUCGAGACAGAGCAUUUCAGCCGGCCGGAGGAGGUCGAUGGCAAGUUGUCCCUGAAACCUGCGCAGCGACCGGUCAGUAUGUAUGAAACUAGAGAGGGACCAAAGAAUAACUGGCAGGUUACUAAACACCAGCUGACGACGCUAUCGAGCCUGGAGCGGUCGCUGUCGCCGGAGGAGGCGGCGGGGGCGGGGGCUGGGGGGGCGGCGCUGCCGGCGGCGGAGCUGGUGCAGCGGCGCGCGGAGUGCGUGACGCGCGCCAUCUCCGAGCUGUGGGCGGCCGCGCGCGACCAGCACCCGCGCCUGCAGCAGCGCGCUGACUCCAUCCGACACGCCGUGCGAGCGCUACUCGCGCUCUUCCCACAGCAGUGUGAGGAAGAGCCUGCGGUGUGGCAGAUGGUAUGCGAGCUGCGCGCGGCGUGCUCGGAGGUGUCGCUGGCGUGCGCGGCGCCGUGCGCCCUCAACGAGGUGCGCGCCGCCGCGUACGACCUGGCCAAGGCCACCAAGCUGCUCGUCACGCACUUCCAGCCCCACUCAUAGCGAUCGCCUCUCUGCUACUACACCACCCUGUAGGGCUGUAAACUUACUCCGAGACGUGACUCCGAGUGUUUGUGCUAUUAUAUUUUCUACAGUAUUUUACUCUUUUUGUAGUGCGACGACAAAUGCUCGUCGGCUAGUGUUCAUUUUGCGUGAGAGGUGCUGAACUAGCUUCGAAGACAAAUUGCAUUUGGAGCAUUUUUGGGAGUUCCAGACAGAAUUCACACACGCCUGCUUUAGAUUGUAAUUUAAAACAUAAAUUAUAUUUCUAGUUAUAAAAUGAAAUUUAAAGUAAUUCGUCAAAUGAUCAGUUGUCUUCCUUUAAGUCGGUUGUAUAUCGCAGCUCAACGUCACCGCAGCUAAGAAAAACAACAUAAAUAUAAGUAUACUUGACAAAUCACAAAUUCGUUAUAAAAAAGACUAACUUUAUGAUUUUUCAUGUUUAUAAUAAUUAUUAAUAUAAUGUUUGUUUGUUUCCUUUCACGGGAUCAUAGGAUCCCGGACCUUUGGAAGGCAUACGAGGAGCCGAAGCCAACUCGCAGAGGCCCGUUGAACAAUUAAUAUAAAUGUGAUGGGA